CAAAUACAGCACCUGCAAAUCUGCCUGCAGCCGCCCAGAGGUAUGGCGGCACCCAAUGCUUCCUCGGAGGGACAUCAUGUGAUUUUGUCACCUUACCGCUUCGACGCCAAUGAGCUGCGGUGGUUGCCCACUGGGGAAGCAGCGGCCAAAGUGCGCAUGAGCAAAGAGGCAGCCAAGAAUUGGCGCUUGGUCCUGGGAAAUCAGAGCGUGGCGUUGUCGGAGAUCCGCAGCACCUCGAUGCUGUCGCCCAACUUCUUGAUCUGCCACGCCUUUGGAUUACGAGCGCUUCGAGCAGUACGAUCAGAGCAGUGUGCAAAGCUAUUUCCAGUACUAUGCCAAGUUGGCCAACCAACAAAACAUGCUUCAAGACGGAGUACGAACCUCCACCUACAACCGAGCCAUUGUGGAAAAUGUCGAUGACUUUCAAGGGAAGUUGGCCAUGGAUUUGGGUGCAGGAAGUGGCAUCCUUUCCUUCUUUGCCGUGCAGG